CGCCUGCCUACCCGACAGUAAACAGUAGCCGCUGGUAAACACCGCCACCACCAACGACGCACGCAGAGGGGGGCAAGGCGCAGCGGGGAGGGGGAUGGCAUCACCACCGCAAUAACAACGACGACGGCACCAGCGCCAACCACCACUUUACGAGGGCAGGCACAGCACAGGCGGGGAGAGGCAGGCGCGCGGCACGGGGCAGGAACCCGUCGCGAUUGGCCCGUCCGACGACGAACCGGUCGCGGGCCUCGUGCUCCUGGUGGAUCUGACGCCACCCGCCCGCGGGCGCGGUCGCUUUGCUUCCCCCUCAGUCCUCGUCGUCGACGCGUCGUCGACGCGUGCCGCCGGCCGGGCAAUUCCCCGCGAGGGGGCGCCGUGCCCAUUCGAUCUGCUGCCCCGGGCUCGGCUGUCAAUGCGGGCGCGGAGAUGAGCGCCGGCGGCGGGGAGGAGGAAGAGGAGGAGGAGGAGGUGUUCUACGAGUCGCGGGAACGCGUGCUCUCCUCCUCCGGCUCCUCCACCUCCGCCUCGGACGACGACGACCACGGCCUCCCGCGACGGCGCCGGGACGGGACCGCCUCCGCUGCCGCGGCGGCCGCAGCCGCUCUCGACGUGUGGAUGUCCGAACCGGCGCCCGUGCAGGAGCGCCGCCGGAGGCUGCUCCAGAUGAUGGGGCUCGCCGGGGACCCCGCCCUCGCGCGCCUGGAGAUGGGCCGAUCGGCCUCCUACGACGGGCCCGUACGACCGGCGGCGGUCUCGCCCAUCUCCCGAUCCAGAUCAGACGGCGCCGCGCCGGUCAAGCCCCCGCUGGGGGGGCGGUCGCGGCAGGCGUCGUCGGGCUCCUCCGAGGCCACGCCCGAGGGGGAGGAGGCCGACCCGAGGUGCCUAAUCCGGAACCUCGACGACGGCAGUGAGUUCGUGGUCAAGGAGGAGUUCGAGCUCCGCGAGGUCGGCACGGGCCGGCAGCUCACCAUGGAGGAGUUUGUUGACCUCUGCGUCGGCCGCUCGCCCAUCGUCCAGGAGCUCAUGCGACGCGAGAAUGUUGCCAACGCUGGCUCGAACAACGACUCGUCCACCCCCAUCCAGAGGUCCAACUCCGACUCCAGCAACGGAGCAACGCGACACCGGCGGCGUAGCAGCUGGCUUCGGAGCAUCCGGAACAUCGCUGGCUCCAUGGUGGUCACCUCCCGCGACCGCCGCAGCAGCGACGAGAAGGACACGUGCUCGGAGAAAGGCGGGCGCCGGUCCAGCUCAGCCACAGAUGACAGCCAGGACAGUGCCAGAGCCGUGCACCAUGGCCCGGUGCGCGUUAAGGUGCGGCAGUAUGGAAAGUCGUACAAGGAGCUCAGUGGUCUGUUCAUGAACCAGGAGAUACAGGCUCACAAUGGGUCCAUCUGGAGCAUCAGGUUUAGUCCAGAUGGCCGGUACCUCGCGAGUGCUGGGGAGGACUGCGUGAUCCAUGUCUGGGAAGUGUCUGAGUUUGAGAGGAAACGCGAGGAAAAUGGGGUGUGCAAUCCUUUUGUUGCAAUGGUGUGCAACGGUUCGCCAGAGCCAACAUUAGCGCUGGCCAGUCUGGAUGGGAGCAAUUCUGAGAAGAAGCGUCGGGCAAGGUUCUUGGAGAGUCGGAGGUCAGUGAGUUCAGACCAGCUCAUGGUGCCAGAACAUGUGUUUGCAUUGUCAGAAAAGCCGAUCCGAACCUUCGUGGGGCAUUCAGAAGAUGUGCUUGAUCUCUGUUGGUCCAAAUCUCAGUACUUACUUUCAUCUUCAAUGGAUAAAACAGUGAAGUUGUGGCAUAUCUCAAGCACUUCAUGUCUGAAAACAUUCUCACAUAGUGACUACGUGACGUGCAUCCAGUUCAACCCUGUUGAUGAUAGAUACUUCAUUAGUGGUUCACUGGAUGAAAAAGUCCGCAUAUGGAGCACUCAAAACCGUGAGAUUGUUGAUUGGCGUGAUUUGCAUGAAAUGGUCACUGCUGCUUGCUAUACCCCAGAUGGGCAGGUUUUAAUCAUCUAUACUUCAUUCCUUGAUCUAAAUAUCUUCGUGUUAAGGUCUAACAUGUUUCCUUCUUACCUGAAGAGUGCAUUAAUUGGUUCCCAUAAAGGCAGUUGCCAUAUUUAUGAUACAUCUGAUAAUAGGCUUCUUCAGAAGAAACAAAUUGAUCUGCAGAAUAAGAAAAAGAAGUCCAGUCAGAAGAAAAUCACUGGGUUUCAGUUUCUCCCAGGAAAUACUUCAAGGGUCCUUAUUACAUCUGCAGAUUCAAGAAUCAGGGUUGCUGAUGGCCUAAAUCUAGUUCACAAGUACAAAGGUUUUCGAAAUACUAGCAGCCAAAUCGCAGCCUGUUUAGCUGCUAAUGGGAGGUAUGUGAUCUCUGCAAGUGAGGAUUCCCAUGUGUACAUAUGGAGAAAUGACGAUAACCUUGAACAAGGCAGAAGUAAGGGGAAUGUUACUGUCACCAAUUCCUACGAAUAUUUCCACUGCCAGGAUGUGACAGCCGCUGUUGCUUUGCCAUCUGCUGGCUCGGCAAUGGUAUCCAGAACAAACUCCAGGAAACAUGAUGAACAGGACUGUGUAUCUGAGCAUCCUCUGUUGCAUGCUGUCCCUGAAUUGCAAGAUUCCUGUGAUUUCCAAGGCCAAAGUGGCAAUAUCCUAAGCACCAGUUCAAACCACAGUGGUGAUAGAGCAACUUGGCCUGAAGAGCUCAUGACGGCAACAAAGCAGAGCCCUCGGUCCAGUGCCAGUCUUCCCAGUGGUGCUGGUCAAGCUCCGAGUCGGUCUGCCUGGGGAAUGGUAAUUGUCACAGCAGGCCGUGGAGGUCAGAUCAGAACAUUUCAGAAUUUUGGGUUUCCUGCUCGAGUAUAGUAGCUAUGAGGCUGCUGCCUGGACUUGACAUCUGCUCUGCAGCAAGCCGGGUGAUUUUUGUGUAUAGAUAGGUGAAAAAUUGGGUGAUUUGCACAGCAGUCUGGGAUUGUAUUUUGUUGCUCCUAGGUGCAGCUGCUUGUGGACUUCGACUAACAUACGACCUGGCACUCGAGGCACGGCGAAUUCGUUUGCCCGGAAUUGUACAUGAGAAUGGGCCCGGGAAGGACGACGGGCGUCAGCCAGUUGGAGCGAGAUCUUUGGGAUCUUUUGCCACCAUCUUUUCAUCUGUUUUCUCCAUUGAGUCCAGUUUAGCUUUUCUCUUGAUGUUUACCCCUUUAUUAUAUAUUCUUGUAAGAAGAAAUCUCAGUUCUACAGAAAUAGAAAAGCAAAAAAGAGUUGCAUAGAGUGAUGAAAUUCGUUGUACUGGUAUAGCAGGCUAUGUUAAUGGUACAUGAAUAUAGGAGUAAUAGAGGUUCUAGGAAGAGAUGCAAAAUUUUUGAGUUCUGAAGCUUUUGGACCUUGCUUCUGGACAUGGUUGGCCCGGUGCAUUUCUGGUGGGAGUAUAUCUGGUGUCCAACUGUCGGUUAUCCAACAAA